GGAACAUGCUCAUCCUGUGGUCAAGCGCGUCGUUCUGAGAUUACAGUACGAAGUAUACCUAAUAUCGCGAUCAGAUGCAGCGCACUCACAGCCCACAUUUUGUUCUGGCGUCGCCUAAUUCAACGUCCAACAUCACCCAUUUCAACGUCCCAUCGUGAGCAAACGUGAGCACCCCUCGAUUUUCAAUAUCCAAUAUCCACCUGAGCUCGUGGCACCUCUCUCACAAUCUAGUCGCGGUCGAAGGUGCGGGUCCCUCCCCACUGUGGGGCACCUUGAUCAUCCUAGCCUAGGUACGAAAGUACCGCGGGAUCUGUAACAAGGUCCACCUACGUAUAAUCUUCGAGCCUCCUUUCUACCUAUUAACUUCUUCCACACUUGCCAUGAUGUUGUCGCACAAGUCGGGGAAAGCGAAGCUUGACCAUGUCACCAAGAUACUCACCGACUUAAAGGCGGAUCUCGAUGCGCCUGCGCUGUCCGCGCAACAACGGCAGCAGCAGCUCGAGCAGCUUAAAGUGUACGGUCGCGACCCUACGAAUGCGGACCCUAUCUUCACUCAAGACGGUCUACGGACAUUAGGCCGCUAUGCCUUCAAGGAGAAAGACGUGGCAGUAUCACAGGAAGCUCUCAGGUGCAUGGCCAACGCCCUGCUCCUGCAGCCAAAGGCGCGCCAGAUCUUGAUCGAUCUUGGGCAUGGCCCGGACGCCGCAGAGAGACUCAAGAGCGAGAGCAUCGAUGACGAGUUCCUGGUGUCCCGUAUCCUGUUCCUCACGACCUACGACGCCAAACUCGACUACACGGAGCUCGUAGACGAGCACCACCUCGCCGACAACAUCAACGCCGCAAUCCAGCGCCACGCAGACCGCUACACCCAGCCGCGCCAGCCCUCGCAAGAACACGCCGCCCCAAUGGACCUCAUGGCGCUCUCGGAAACGCUCAAGCUGCUCUUCAACAUCACCCACUUCCACCCCGACCUCUCGCAGCACUUCACGCCCACGAUCCCCCACAUCUUCAAAAUCCUGCUGCGCAGGGACCCCCCACCCAAGCCCCUCGACGCCCCGGUCUCGUUCCUGAUCAACGCGCUCCUCAACCUCGUCCGCAGCGACGACGACUCCACCACCGCACAAUCGCACGCCCACGACCCCGCCCUCCACGCCGCCCUCUUCCCCUCCGCCUCCCCCGCCCUCCACGCAACCCACCUCAUCACCCUCCUCGACGCCGCCACCCUCGCCUACCCCGCCCCAGACCUCGACACCACCAUCUCCCCGCUCUUCACCCUGCUGCGGCGCACCUACGAACUCGCCCCCGCCGACGUGCACACCGUGAUGCAAUCCAAGCUGCUCCCCUCGGACACGGACCGCGCGCAGCCCCUCGGCAAAACCGCCUCGCUGCCCUCGCGCCUCCUGAAUCUGAGCACCGCGGCCCCGACGCCCGCGCUGCGCGACUCCGUGGCCUCGUUCCUGUUCGAGCUGUCGGGCAAGGACGCCGCGGCGUACGUCGCGAACGUGGGUUACGGCUUCGCCGCGGGCUUCCUGCUGGCGAAGAACAUUGCGAUGCCGGCGAGUGCGCUGCGGGACGCAGGCGAGGGCGCCGGCGCGGGCGUGCCCGUGAAUCCGAUCACAGGGCAACGGCUGGAUCGUGAGGAGCCCGUGGAGAUGCCGGAGAUGACGCAGGAGGAGAAGGAGAGGGAGGCCGAGCGGCUGUUUGUGUUGUUUGAGCGGCUGAAGAAGACGGGGGUUGUGGAUGUGCGGAAUCCUAUUGAGGAGAUGUAUAGGAGUGGGCGGGUUGAGGAGCUGAGUGACUCGGAGUGAGGGGGUCGUGUUGCUUGCAGGACGGUAUUCGGUCGCAUGCACGACAGUAUUCAGUGGCAUGCAGGACGGUCUUCAGUGGCAUGAGACAAAGUAAUAUAAAUAAUUAGAUAAGCCGCACCUCCCUGGAAGAAUGCACACGGUAACCGCAUAGUCCUUAAAUAGCACCUAGCAUAUAAAUCCCCCCAUGGUUAU